GUUAUGUUAUGUAUAUAAAUUAUAAGUUAACUAUUUUUAUUGAAACAAUGCAGCUAUAGUCAACGCAACCUUAACGAUGUUGCGAAAUCCUUCAAAUUCAGAUUUAUACCUAGACGUGAUCGCUUAUGGCGCUAAAUCGUAAAUCUAUGUAUAAUGAUGGACAAGAUAAACAAUACAAUCAGCUUUACAUACAUAUCUCCGUCCCUGUCGGACGCAAAUUACAAUAGAGGUGGUGGGAAAGAGGCGGAGCGUGGAGUGGGAAGACCAGGGUUUGCGUGGAGAUGGUUGUUUUUUUGUAUCUUGUCAAUGAGACGUGUAGGGGCGGACCGCGUCCCGGCUUUCUGUAACCAGUUCACAUCUGCAAGCGUCCGAGCUAGCAUCGCUCAAACUCAUGUUGCAUAACGCAUCUCCGGUUGGAUACCAAGCUAUGAGUUACACCUGCGAUAAUAGAGUGCCUAUCAAACAGGAGACCGAUCAGGAGUGCUUUGACGACGAGGAGAGGUUCUACGGAUACGCUCCCAUCGAGGUUAAGAGGGAUGCAGAAAUGACAUUUUCUCCAUCAUCACCAACACAUUUAAUGGAUCUGAGCAACGGCUCGGAACGACCCCCGCAGAUUUUACAGUCGUGGCAAGGCAACAUUGUGUUCGAGGGGGACGACCGCGAAUACCAACAAACGCAAUUCCAUACUUAUGAUCAAAUGUGUAUCGCAGAUCCGCGGCAUAAGCAAUUCACGCGGAACUUCUACUUUGAUGAUUCCAAUUCUCAAGACAGGAGUGUAAAUUUCUACGAAAGCAGUGAAGUUCCACAACCCGGUGACAACACGUAUCGCGCCUCGACGGAAGAACGAAGCGAUGAAAACGACGAUCAAAGAAGAUCAAGGAAACGGUCAUCGAAAUCAUCUCGUCGAAAAACACAAUCGUUCGAAGAAGUCCAGAUACAAAGAGUAAUGGCCAAUGUAAGAGAGCGUCAACGCACUCAGAGCUUGAACGAAGCUUUUGCGAGUUUAAGACAAAUCAUUCCAUCUCUGCCCAGUGAUAAACUUUCUAAAAUACAAACCCUGCAGCUAGCGACGCAGUACAUAGAAUUUUUAUAUCAGAUUUUAUCCAACAGCGACUCCUCUUCGAAUAGUGAAGUCACCGACGCCAACACUGAACACGGCAAAUACUUAGCACAGGAUAAACUAAGUUACGCUUUUUCUGUGUGGCGUAUGGAAGGAGAAUUCACCAACGGACAAACGUGACAAUGUGAUUAAAUUUAAGAAAGACUUCUAUUCGAUUCCAUUUACUUAAAUAAUAUUUACUAACUAAUAAGUUAACUGUUAAUGCUUUUUUGUAAAGUAAUGUGAUAUUGGCUAAGAAGUAUUUCCAUUGUGUGCCUUUUAAUAUUAGUUUUAUAUGAAGACUAGUUACAUUAGCUUUAAUUACAAAUAAUACAGCUGUAUACCAAAAACUCGUUAAAAACAUUAUUUAGGAUUACUGUGAAUUAUUGUAAAACAUAGAUAGGUAUGCAAAUAAUGAAUAUAUCUUAAAUUUCGUAGAUUAUUGUACAGUAGACGAUAAAUAAAUGUUAUAUUAUAUAAAAAGUGUUUUCAAUAUAUUCUUAUGAAUCCACCCUAAAUACCGCACCUUGUGCAAAUAAUUCCAUAAUUUCUUAGGAACUUCUUAAUCCUAUUAAAAUGUCGCCAACAAUUGCAUAAAAAGCCUGUUUCCUGCGAUAUUGUAAAUUGCUAUUUGGAUAUUAUAAAUAUAACAAAAAUAAAACAUUAUUUAUAAAGUUAACAUCUGUAUUAUAUUUAUAUCGACUUAUGAAAUAAACUAUUAAGUUCUUUUUAAUCUUA